GCCGCUAUGUAACCAAUAUAUAUCUUUUUUGCGUAAAGGAAUGCAUAUCGUUUACGAAACGUUGGGAACUGCCUAAUGUUUCUUUGCUGUGCGUGUUGUGAACUAGUCUUUACUAAUGCUAGUCCGGAAGAGAAACGGAUCGUUGGCUUGCCUGGCGAGAUCUAGCUAGCUGGCUAGUUGGAAAGUUGUCCAGAAUGUUUUUACAAUAGAAAUGGUCAGAUAGGGAAAAAACGCAACGACGAAGGAGAGCAUACGUUUAGCUUACCAUCGAGCUGUAGUUUGCUAACUCCAAUUAGUGUCCCUGCUAUCUGGCUAACUAGUUAAUUGUUGGAUCCAAUCUGUUCCGUUUGCUAGUCUCAGUUCCUGUCUGUGUGCUUUGUCCUGCUGGCCACAGUGACACCGCUACCUGUCCUGGAACUUAUGUUUCUUGGGGAAAUGAUGCGAAAGUCACCGAUGUGAAGGAACACCGCGGAGAGGAGUUAACUAGUUCCAGAAAAAGUCGAUUCUGGGAUAGAGUAUUUGGCGAACAUUGCCUGGUUUGUCUAAACCUGGCCCGUGCAAUGAUUGUUUCCAUACGAGCUGCAGCGUUGUAUACUUCAAAGCAACUAGCCAGGUGGCCGGCUGCAUAUGAUUACACUACUAGCUAACUAGCUGGUUAAGGACAAACUAGAUGCAGUUUUGUUAUCUGAUGUCCUGACGUCAAGAAACUUGCCUCCAUUCUCUGGACCUGUUCAUUUGACUGGUAGAAUCCAGAUGCCUGCACUGAAACAGAGCUCAGCUUGAGCGGUCCCCCUGAGUUUUUGCACCCGAUCGGUUCAUUUUUGUUAUUUUGCGAGCGUGAAUGCCUGUACUGUUGUUGGAUGGCGGCUUCACCCUCAGCCUGCAGCCAUGAUACAAAGCAGAAAAGUAGCCGACGGCACCAACAUAACAGCGAGGCAUGGCGAUGCUUUCUAUGAGUCGUACAUACGAUCGGACCACGCCGUGAACGAGGACGCGGGCAUGAACGGCCACAGCCCCGCAGGACUCCCCCCUCUGCCCAAGCACACCGGCGGGAGCAAACCCGCAAUGAAGGACCACCACCAGCUGCCGCUGCGGGGAGCACCACCGAAGGUGAAGCAGCUGAGCGAGGAGUCGUCCGGCCGGAGGCCGAACGGCAUCGUCCAUCACAGCAGCAGCGGGAGCGGCCAAGCUCCAGCCAAGAGCUUGCCCGCCCUGUCCAAGGACCGCAGCGCCGACAGCACCAGCUCUGUCAAGUCCACCGACAGCGCCGCCAAGCCCUGCAAGCUGCAGGCUCCGCUGACCCCAGAGCAGGCCCUGAAGCAGCACCGGCAGCACCUGACCCCGCUGGAGCAGGAGGAGAUCCGCAGCUACCCCGAGAUCUACUUCCUGGGCCUCCACGCCAAGAAGAGGCCGGCCGUGAGCGGGGGCUCCAACAACAACGGCUACGACGACGACCAGGGCGGCUACAUCCACGUGCCGCACGACCACCUGGCGUUCCGCUAUGAGUUCCUCAAGGUGAUCGGCAAGGGCAGCUUCGGCCAGGUGGCCAAGGUGUACGACCACAAGACUCAGCAGCACCUGGCACUGAAGAUGGUGCGCAACGAGAAGCGCUUCCACCGGCAGGCGGCCGAGGAGGUGCGCAUCCUGGACCACCUGCGCAAGCAGGACAAGACGGGCAGCAUGAACGUGGUGCACAUGCUGGAGAACUUCACCUUCCGCAACCACAUCUGCAUGACCUUCGAGCUGCUCAGCAUGAACCUGUACGAGCUCAUCAAGAGGAACAAGUUCCAGGGCUUCAGCCUGCCGCUGGUGCGCAAGUUCGCCCACUCCAUCCUCCAGUGCCUGGACUCGCUGCACCGGAACCGCAUCAUCCACUGCGACCUGAAGCCCGAGAACAUCCUGCUCAAGCAGCAGGGCCGCAGCGGCAUCAAGGUGAUCGACUUCGGCUCCAGCUGCUUCGAGCACCAGCGCGUCUACACCUACAUCCAGUCCCGCUUCUACCGGGCCCCCGAGGUGAUCCUGGGUGCCCGCUACGGCAUGCCCAUCGACAUGUGGAGCUUCGGCUGCAUCCUGGCCGAGCUGCUGACGGGCUACCCGCUGUUCCCGGGAGAGGACGAGGGGGACCAGUCGGCCUGCAUGAUGGAGAUCUUGGGCGCCCCCCCGCAGAAGCUGCUCGAGCAGUCCAAGCGGGCCAAGAACUUCAUCAGCUCCAAGGGUCACCCGCGCUACUGCACCGCCAGCACGCUGAGCAACGGGACGGUGGUGCUGAGCGGCGGCCGCUCGCGCCGGGGCAAGCUCAGGGGUCCCCCGGGGAGCAAGGAGUGGACCAGCGCCCUCAAGGGCUGCGAGGACGCCGCCUUCACCGACUUCCUCAGGAAGUGCCUGGACUGGGACCCCGCCUCCCGCAUGACCCCCGGCCAGGCCCUCCGCCACCCCUGGCUCUACCGGCGCCUGGCCAAGCCCGUGCCGCCGGACAAGAGCCCCACGACGCGGCGGGCGGCGGAGCACAGCACCUCCUUCCCCGGGAUCAUGGCCAAACUGCCCCCCGCCAUUGGGGCGGCCAACAGCAAACUGAGGACCAACAUGAUGGGGGACGCUGGAGGUGGCAUACCCUUACGCACAGUGCUGCCUAAGCUGGUGUCCUAGCGUUGCACACUUAGCCUCAUGGACCCUUCAGCCACAAAGCUUUAGUUUGUUUGGAGUAAUUUACACAGGCAAGGAGUCAGAACUGAACAAAAAAAAAACAGG